AAUGCAUAUUUAGCAUAUAUAUUUCCUAGCCUUAUUAUUGUCCUCUAACAGUUAACACUUUCAAGCUAGAAAACCGAAUGCUAUAAACAAAAACACUCACGAACAUACUGUAAUCUGAUGGUCUGCAUAUGCUUCUUGGUGGAUCAAAGGAGAACGAAGAGGAACAUGAAGCCGGUAGCAGCGACAUGCUCGCGGUGUGGUUCUAGUGCUAAAGUGGCGGACAUAGAAACCUCCACGAGAUUCUGUAAAAUCCCAUUUCAUUGGAAAUCUCGGAAAGCUAUUGUCUGUACUUUCUGUGGAGCUACUCUUAAAUCUUAUGCAUAGCUCACAACUUAUCAUAUUCAUUCAUACUUGUACAUAGAGUUUUCUUCUUCUUUUUCUUUUUAGUUCAAGCACUCAUGCUAGUGUCGGGGAGUCUUGGGCUGAGCUCUUUGUGCAGAUUCUGUUGCCGGAAAAAAGAGAUAGUAUAAA